AUGACCUCCUUCCACACCAACCCCAGUAUCAUUUUUCUCUUACUCAUAUCUCUCAUUCUCUCAUCCCACCUCUACAAUGUCUCUGCAGAUGAUGACUCUGAAGUGGAGGAUGAAUCUCCAUUUGCUUACCUUGAAGACACUGGUAAUGGUCCAACGAAAUGGGGCAACAUAGAUCCACUUUGGAAAGCUUGUGGUAAUGGAAAAUUGCAAUCUCCUAUUGAUCUUCUGAACAGAAGGGUGCAAGUUAUUCGUAACCACAACAAUUUGAAAAGGAAUUACAAACCAGCUCAGGCUUUUGUGAAGAACAGAGGACAUGACAUUAUGGUAAGCUGGAAGGGGGAUGCUGGAUAUAUUGACAUAAAUGGGACUCGUUACAAUCUGUUACAGGGUCAUUGGCAUUCACCAUCUGAGCACACAUUCAAUGGAUCAAGGUAUGACUUGGAGCUCCAUAUAGUUCAUACAAACCCCAUUACUAACAAGAUAGCUGCUAUUGGAAUUGUUUACAAAUAUGGCCGCCCUGAUCCCUUGCUUACAGAGCUGUUCCACCACAUAAAUUCAGCUGGGAAAAAAGAGAAACCUUUGGGGAUCAUUCACCCAGGAUUGAUUAAGUUUGGGAGCAGAAAGUACUACAGAUACAUUGGUUCUCUUACAGUUCCUCCCUGCACUGAGGGUGUCACUUGGACAAUACUCAAGAAGGUGAGGACAGUUUCAAGGGAGCAAGUGAGAGAAUUAAGGGAAGCUGUUCAUGAUGGAUUUGAGUCAAAUGCAAGGCCAAUUCAGAAUUCAAAAAGACCAGUUCAGUUUUACAUACCAAAAGAAAGUGAAGCUUCUUCUUAGGUUUCCAUAAUUUGAAUAUAGGAGUAAUACUUGCUGAACCACAUAACUGCAUUGUCUCCAAAUAAGAGACUUUUACACACACCAACUAGAAUACCUUCCCUGUGUCUCUCGAAACAAAGAUGUUGUUACAUGUU